AUGAAGCGCACAUCUAAAAGAAACGGCUCACCCUGCCAGCGAGAUGAUGAUUCUCAGGAUGCUGAAACACAGAUAUGUUUAGGAGCAAGCCUUCCGGAGGAUGUCUGGUGUCAUAUACACUCGCUGAUGUCAAUGAGAGCCGCUGCUAGAGCUGCCUGUGUGUCUCGUGCUUUUCUACAUUCCUGGAGAAGGCAUCCCAACCUCAUUUUCAAUAAUAGAACAUUGGGAUUAGAUAGAAACACAUAUGGGGCUAAUGAAAGUGCCAGAGGUUUCUCUAGCAAAGUCGACCACAUUCUGAAAAAACACUCAGGCAUUGGUGUGAAGAAACUCAAGAUUCACAUGCCUCUAGAUUACAAACUGAAGGACUCUUGUUAUCCUGACAGUUGGCUUCAGUUUGCUGUUACACUAGGAAUUGAAGAACUUGAACUAGCAUUGCCAGUUAAGGCAAAGUACAACUUCCCAUACUCAUUUUUUUGUAAUGGGAGUGGAGACUCGAUACGAUAUCUUCUCCUUGCGGAUUGUUCCUUCCAUCCCACAUCUGAAGUUGGUUCCUUAAGAAGCCUGACCAGACUACAUCUUUGCGCUGUCUCUAUUACAGAGGAUGAGAUAGGGUGCUUUAUUUCCAAUUGUUAUGCUUUAGAGCAGCUGGAAAUCAGGUAUUGUGAUUGGAUAGUUUGCUUGAGGGUGCCUUGUAUGCUGCAGCGGCUUAGCUACCUAGAGGUCCUUGGUUGCAGCAAGCUGCGAGUGAUAGACAACAAAGCUCCAAAUAUAUCUAGUUUUUACUUCGGUGGAAAUCCCAAGGUACAACUGUCACUUGGAGAAACAUUGAAAAUGAAGAACCUAUACAUGUCCUUCUCGGGCGCAAUUCGUUAUGUUCGUUUUGAACUUCCAUCCAGCAUGCCAAACCUUGAAACUGUUACCAUAUAUUCGUCCAGGGAGAUGGUUGAUACGCCAAUGCUGCAUGGCAAGUAUUUACACCUUAAGAACCUAAGUAUUGCUCUCAACGCAGCAGCCUCCUAUGAUUAUCUUUCUCUGGUUUCCUUUUUUGAUGCUUGUCCCUCCUUGGAGACUUUUGUCUUGGAUGCCUCACACUGGAAGACGGAGCAUGUCUCAAUUUUUACAUAUCCAUCAGAUCUGAGGCGGAUGCAAGAACAGCACCACCACAGGAUCAAGAAUGUGAAGAUACUAAAUUUCUCUUCUGCAAAGAGCCUGGUUGAGUUAGCAUGCCAUGUUGUUGAGCAUAUGACAUCCCUUGAGUGCCUUACAUUGGAGACAUAUCAGAGUACUUUUAGGUGUCAUGUGCCCAACCAUAAAUUUAUCAAGUGCUCCCCACUAGCCAUUGAUAUUCUCAGGGAAGCUAAACGAGCACUCAUGGCCAUCAGGACAUACAUUGAGCCUAAAGUUCCCUCCACAGUAGAGUUACAUGUUGUGGAGCCUUGCAGCCGAUGCCACGCUGUUGAACUUGAGCUCCCAAGUUUAGGAUAA